AUGUCAGAGCUUCCCAAGUGCUGCAUCUGUCUGGAUGAGUUCACCAACCCCACUUCCCUCCCGUGUGGACACAGCUUCUGCCUUGGCUGUAUAGGAGAAUACUGGAGGAUCAAUGGCGCCUGUCAGUGCCCCCUCUGCAAGGCCUUCUUCCCCACCAGGCCACAACUCAAAACGAACCAGAGUCAACAUGCCGGUGCCCCGACUGAGGAAGAAACCAUGGCUUUAAGAGCCGGAGAGGUUCCCUGUGAUUUCUGCCCAGGAAAGCAUCGAGCAGUGAAGUCCUGCCUGGUGUGCCUGGCCUCAUACUGUGACACCCAUCUAGAGCCACAUUACAAGAAUGAAGAUCUUGGGCGCCAUCUUCUGAUCAGUGUGGUGAAGAACCUGGAGGGCUCUGUGUGUAGACUGCACGGGAAGCAGUUAGUCAGGUUCUGCAGGAGCGAUCGUACAUGUAUUUGUGCCAUGUGUGCACAGACAGAACACAAGGGCCAUCACAUUAUUUCUAUCAACAAGGAAGCGGCAAAGAAGAAGGUAAAACUAAAAAAGAUAAAGAUGAAACUUCAGCAAGCAGUUCAGGAGAGACUGAGUAAAGUUGAGAAAAUCAAGCUCAAUGCAAACAUAAAUGGAGAAAAUCAGAAAGAAGCAUGGAUGCAAAGCAAAGAGCUCAUUAAACAGUUGGAAGAAGAAAUCUCUGAGCUACAGAGAAAAAACACUGAACUGGAGCAGCUUUCACAGACUGAAGACAACCUC